AUGGACUGGACCGCGCGAGUGUACAUUCCGCUUGACCAAGACUCUUCAAAUGACUUGUUCAAGAAGGGCAGUGGUGGUGCCACAGUCAUUAGUGACACUCUGACACGUUACUUGGGUACCGUGAUCUUCGGUAGCAACUACAUUGAACGUGCUGGUCUCGACCUCGAAGAGACGGUAAAGAUUUGCGAAAGUAUCUUCUGUGGAGAAUUCGUGGAUCCCGAGCACAUCCCAGAAAGGUGA